AUGGAGGGGCCCCUGGACCCUUCGAAUAAAACUGAAGUGGCAGCAGUUGGAGGCGCAAGUGUUUGUGGAAAUGCUUUGGAUGCUCCUUCUGCAGAAAGGCUUUUGUGGGGUACAGUGGUGGCGGAGAAGGAGAAGCGACUGCGAGGCAAGUGCAGCAGCAGCAGCAGCAGCAGCAGCAGCAGCGGCUGCGAAGAAGAGCGAACUUUGCUGCUCCCCUUUUCGCUUUUCUUUGCGAGAAGCAGCUAG